UAUAAAUAUUAAUAACCAACUUCCUUGCAUUGCAUUCAUGCAAACUCUUUCUAUACUUCACAUCUUUUACUUCAGUUCUUAGCAAACGUUGCCUAUAAACAACCAACCAAGCUACUCUGAAUUCCUCCAAUAUCACUCACUGAUCCUCGUACACACACCAGAACGGUCUCUCGGUCGCACACAGCAAGAUGGCAUUGGCGCUCGAGAAUGGGACAGUGUUAGAUCGAAAAAACUUUGAAGAAUUCUAUAUAAGGUGGAAAGAAAAGCAAAACCUCCAUCUCCACGACCUCAUCACUACUGCAACAAAACCUUCACCUUCGUCAUCUUUUCCUGCUUUGGUGGACCGUGUAAUAUCUCACUACGAAGAGUAUUAUAGGGUCAAAUCAAAGAGUAUCAAAACAGAUGUUCUUCUCAUAUUGUCGGCCCCAUGGAAGACUGGCUUAGAGGUUGCUUUCAAUUGGGUUGGUGGAUGGAGGCCAUCCGCUGCAUUUCACCUUCUCUACUCCAAAUCCGGCCUGCAACUCGAGGCCAAGCUUUCCGAGCUGACCAAGGGUGUGGAUAUGGGCGAUUUGAGCGACUUGUCAUCGGCCCAACUCAGCCGCAUGGACAAGUUGCAGAGAAUCACAAUCCAGCAAGAGAGGGAGAUAUCUGAAAAAGUGGCUAAGCGGCAGGAGAGAGCGGCUGACUGGGAGAUGGUUGAGCUGAGCCAUGAUGUGUCCGAGCUAGCUCGGACGCAAGGGGGUCAGAGUAAUAACAGCAAGAUGGCUCGAGCAGUGGACUCGACUCUGAAGCACAAGGAGAAAGAUUUACAGUUGGUUGUGCAGAGUGCUGACAAUCUGAGGCUGAAAACACUCAAAAGCAUUGUCGACAUCCUGUCUCCAAUCCAGGCGGUUCAUUUCUUGAUCGCUGCUGCGGAGUUGCACCUGAGAAUCCAUGACUGGGGAAAGGUGAAAGAAGAGAGGAAAACAAGCAGCUAGCCGAGCUGUUUGAUGAUAUAUCCAACUACUAGAGAUGCAAAGUUCAAUAAAGAUAUAAUGUUGGAAGCUAUAAUAAGCAACGGGGGCCGGAGACUCCAUCUUUAUGUAUUUGGUCUCUUCAGAUGUACUCCUACAGCAAAUGCGUCUCAUAUGUAUUUCUGUAA